CGAGAAUUGGACAAGCAUAUUUAUUUGUUUUCAUUUCAUAUUGAAGUAGUCAAUAAAGGAAUCAUUUUUUCAAAAUAAAAAUAUUGUUUAAAGAUCGGUUACCAGUCGGCGCCAAACCAGUAAUGUCGUCAGCCAAAAGGAAAUCUGUGCCAGGAAAACAUAAACAAACAACACCAGAGAAAAGACGGAGGAGUGGUCAGUUGGAACCUAUUGUAUCAGACACGAAUUCUGCACGGGAAUUUGAGACGACAGAGGAGCAUCAUGGAUUGGAUGAUGCGAAUAUAUCAGAUGACGAGGAAGGUGGAACGCGAAUUGGGGAUAUUUAUAUACCACCUCCAAUACCACCACAUUGUUCAACUGAAAGUAAAGGACCUCGUUUGAUUAUUAAAAAAAUUGAAAAUAAGAAUUUUAAAAGCUAUGCUGGUACAGUAGUCCUAGGCCCAUUUCAUCAUUGUUUUACGGCCAUCAUUGGACCAAAUGGCAGCGGGAAGAGUAACGUCAUAGAUUCUAUGCUGUUUGUGUUCGGCUAUCGAGCAAAUAAAAUUCGAUGUAAGAAAAUUUCUACUUUGCUACAUAAUUCGGCCAGAUAUCCAAACAUGUCUAUGUGCUCGGUUGCCGUACAUUUCCGUCAAAUAUUAGAUAAGGAAGGUGGAGAUUGUGAGGAAAUACCUGACAGUGAUAUUAUAGUGGAACGUAUCGCAUUUCGAGAUAAUUCCUCUUAUUAUACUAUCAAUGGUCGGCGAGUACAGUUUAAGGAAGUAGCAAAGUUAUUAAAAAAACAUCACGUUGACUUAGAUCACAACAGGUUUCUAAUAUUACAGGGAGAGGUUGAGUCAAUUGCAAUGAUGAAGCCGAAGGGACAAACAGAAAAUGAAUGUGGUAUGCUUGAGUACAUGGAAGAUAUAGUUGGAACAACACGUUAUAAAGAACCUCUUGUCAAAAUAAAUGAACGAGUUGAGCAACUUACUGAAGAGAGAACAGAAAAACACAAUCGCUGCAAACUUGCUGAGCGUGAAAUGAAGGAUUUGGAACAACCAUAUACUGAAGCAAUUGAUUACUUGCGACUCGAAAAUGAAAAUACGCGUAUUAAAAAUCUACGCAUACAAAAAUAUCUUAGUGAAAAAAAUAAAAAACUUCAGGAAUACAAGAUAGAACACGAAGGAAUUAAUUCUGAGUUAAAAAGUCAUAUCGAAGGAUUUGAGAAGAUAAAAACAGAAAGGGAGGCAAAGGAGAAAUUAGUUAAGGAAGAAAUGUCACAAUUCGAGUCCCUUCGAAAAAAAAAGGAAGAUAUAGAAAAGCAGUGGGAAUGUGCACAUAAAAACUUUACCGAAGUUCAACAGACGAUGGAUAUGACGAAUAAAAGGCGUAAGCAGCAUAAGUCACAAAUGGAAAAACUUAAAGACGAAAUAGUUGAUUUAAGAAAAAUACCUGAAAAGAAUGAGAAAGAGAUAGACGAAUGUCAGAAGAAGGCUGUAAAGCUUACAGAAAAUAAAGCGGAACUGGAGGAAGAGCUUCAAAAGAACUAUGUUUCGCUGGAACAAAUAACCAAACCUCUUAUAGAAAAACGUGAACAGCUCGAAACCGAAUUAGUCGAGCUAAAAAAGCAUGUCGACGAGGCUAAAGCCGCUUUGGCAUUAUCUGAAUCUGAACUAAAAAUUCUUAAACACGAUGAAACGACGGAAACUCGAAAAUAUGAAACUAUGAAAACGUCAUAUGAUGAAUCGAAUUCCAGUUUAAGAGAAAAAAUUGCGACCAUUGAAGAAAUUAAAUGCCAAUUACCCGAAAUGCAAAGUGAAAUCGUAGAAAAGACGCAAUAUUUGCAAAAAUUACAGUUUGAAGAGCAACAAAUGCGAGAAAAAUUAAUGACACUUAAGACUGAAAUAAAUGAAAAGUCUUUAAGCUUGCAAACAUCGCGAUCAAACAAUAAGGUUUUGGACUUUUUGAUGAGGCAAAAGAAUGAAGGCAAAAUUCAAGGAGUUUUGGGAAGAUUGGGUGAUUUGGGUGCCAUUGACUCAAAAUUUGACGUAGCGAUUUCAACAGCUUGCGGACGGUUAGAUGACAUCAUAGUCGAUACGGUUAAUACUGCACAAGAAUGUAUAGAAAAUUUAAAGCGUUAUGAUAUUGGUCGAGCUACAUUCAUUGCACUAGAAAAAGUAAAAUAUUUAGAAAAACAAUAUGGACGAAUACAAACCCCAGAAAAUGCUCCACGUCUUUACGAUUUAGUACGCGUGGAGGAUGAACGGGUACUGCCAGCCUUUUAUUUUGCCCUCCGCAAUACGCUAGUAGCCAACGAUCUGGAGCAAGGUUCACGAAUAGCUUAUGGUGCACGAAGAUAUCGAGUAGUAACAUUAAAUGGUGACGUUAUCGAAACGUCCGGCACAAUGUCAGGUGGUGGUCGUACACAGAUACGUGGAAAAAUGGGAACUAAGGUGCAAACUAAAACGAAGCAUUCAGCUGAUUCGUCUAUGAUAUCCCAGAAAGCUUUAGAAGAUAUGCAAGUUAAAGCCGAGGAAUUACAAUCUCAAAUAAAUUACAAUCAGGAGGAGCAAGGUCGUUUAGAACGAGAGGUACAAAAGCUCAAUUUAACCAAACAAAAAAAUGAAUCCCAAAUACAAAAACUGGGUAUCACCAUUAAAAGUUUGAAGGAACAGUUGCCUCGCAUCUUCAAACAAUUGGAAGCGCAAAAAACGCGUAUGGAGCGAACUACUACCGAUGCAGCUAAAGUUAAAAAUAUUGAGGCCGCGAUUGUAAACAAACAAAAGAAUUUGAGGAGUUCUGAGGAAGAGGCAGACAAAGUGGCUAAGAAAAUAGCUGAGGUAAAGAAAGAAAUUGAAAGCAUCCAUGGUGAUAAAGUUAAAGCUGUACAAACAAAAAUCAACAAUUUGGGAAACCAAAUUAAGAAGCUAAAUAAUAAUAUAUCUAAGUUAAAAGUUGAAGUAACUACGUCUGAACGCAAUGUUAUCAAAAUGGAAAAACAAAUUGAACAAUUUAAUGAGGACAUAUUAAAAGCGCAAGAUGAGCUGGUUGCGAUGAGUGCGAAGAGACAACAAUAUGACGAUGAAACUGCGCAGCUUGUAAAAGAAAUCGAAGAGGCACAAAAGGCGAUUGAAAAUACUAAGAGUGAAUCUUCGGAAAUUCAAAAAGAAAUUGUAGCUUUGCAAAAGCGUGAAGGGCAGUGGUCACUCAAACGAGUGGAAAUUGACCAAAAACUUCAAACUGUUACUGCCAAAAUAUCUGACGUAAAAUCUCAAAUUCCGCACUGGCGAGAUCAGCUUAAACCUUUACGUUUGCAUGUUAUUCCGGGGGACCAAGAACCACAGUCGCCCCUUAAAGCGUACACAGAAGAAGAGCUUGCUACACAUACUCUACAAGAUAUCCAAUAUAAAGAGAGUGUUCAAGAGGAAUUGCUUAAAAAAAAGCCAAACCUCUCAUGUAUCGAUGAAUAUAUUGAAAAGCGAAACGUGUAUUUGGAGCGCGUAAAAGUGCUAGAAGAUAUUACAUCAAAACGUAAUGAAAUGCGGCAGCUUUACGAUGAUUUGCGAAAGAAGAGAUAUAAUGAAUUUAUGCUAGGUUUCAAAAUUAUUACGCGCAAGUUAAAGGAAAUGUAUCAAAUGAUUACCCAGGGUGGUGAUGCUGAAUUAGAACUUGUCGAUUCAAUGGAUCCUUUUACCGAAGGUGUCAGUUUCAGCGUGCGGCCACCGAAAAAGACCUGGAAGAACAUUUCAAACUUGUCUGGUGGUGAGAAAACAUUAUCAUCUUUAGCAUUGGUAUUUGCAUUACAUUACUAUAAACCGUCGCCACUUUACUUUAUGGAUGAAAUCGAUGCAGCUCUUGAUUUUAAGAAUAUUUCUAUUGUAGCACAUUACAUAAAAGAACGCACCAAAAACGCACAAUUCAUCAUCAUAUCACUACGUUCCAAUAUGUUCGAGCUAUCCGACUAUAUUGUAGGUAUAUAUAAGGUAAAAGACUGUACAGACUCAGUUACCAUCAAGAAUGUGCCGCCACCAUUGCCACUCACACAAACUCAAACACAAGCCCCAACACAAAUGUCAGAUAAAAAUUGUCUGUUUGACAAACUUAAGGAGAAAGUAAGUGAUUCGCAAGUAAUGGCAUUAACACAAGUCGAAGAAGAUUCUGAAAAUGCGCCUCCUUCACAGAAUCGUGAAAUGUUAUUUGACUCGAAUUUGCAAGAACGCGACACCACGUUUGAACCCAAUUACGAGAGUACUGCCCUAUCACAAUCGUUACAAAAGGACCUUGGUAACGAUUCUGGUCGCUCAACAGUAUGCUCUAAAGCCAAAAGCAGUAUUGAUUCGUUCUUUAAAAAACCGCUACCGCCCUCACAAAAAGGGACCAUAUGAGCUACCCAACCGAAAUGCAUUUUUGUUUUAUAAUUAUAGCACUCUAAAAUUAAAAUUUUCGAGACGAGCAAAUUUAUUAAUUCCACUUUAU